AUGUCAAAUACAUGGGGUAAAGCCCUUGAUCAAGCUAACAUUGUUAGAGCAAGUUUUAACGAUUUAGAUAAAAGUGUUAUUAAAGCAACUAGACAUAAACUUAGAAUUCCAAAAGAAAAACAUGUUAGAAAGUUAAUUAUUUAUACCCACGAAAGACUUGGCCCAAUUGGAGAGCUUUAUAAAGCUUUGUUAAGAAGAAUGGAAGAGCCAGAUUGGAUUAUUGUUUUAAAAACUUUAAUUGUUUUUCAUAGAGUUUUAUCUGGUGGAAAUAUUAGAUUUCUUGAAGAUUUAACACACAGAGGAAAUGUGUUCCCAUUAGGCAGAUUUACAGAUAUGACUUCCACUCAAGCACAUCAACAAUCUGUCUUUAUUAGACGUUAUUCGCAAUAUUUGGAAGAAAAGGUUUUCGCAUUUAGAGAAAUGAGACAAGAGUUUGACAAAGAUACAUUUUCAUCAAAGGGUUUAACAAUUGAACAACUUUUAAAUAGAAUUCCAAAGAUGCAAAGACAGUUUGAUGCUCUUUUAGGAACCCAUGUCGAAGAAGUUUGUGAUAAUAUUAUAACUAUCAAUGCCUUUGAAUUAUUAUUAAAGGAUAGUUUUAAAAUGUACUGUAAUUUAAAUGACGCUGUAUUAAAUAUUUUAGAAUUAUAUUUCAAUAUGACUAAAAGGGAUGCAACAAAGGCAUUGGAUAUUUAUAAGGUAUUUAUGAGAGAGACUGAUGCCAUUAUUGAGUUUUUCAGUUCAUCUCGUAGAAAAUUCCAUAUUGAUUUACCACAAUUAUCACCAGCUCCAUCAACUGUAGUUCAAGGUUUAGAGGAAUACUUAAGAGACCUCGAGGAUGACGAUGAUGCAUCAUAUAAUAAUAAUAGUAGAACCUCUUCACAAAACAGCAUUUCAUAUAAAAACAAUAAUUAUAAUAGUCACAACACAACUAGUAGUGGUGGAAGAAAGAGUAGUUAUGGUUCAAACCAAUAUAAUAAUAAUAACAAUAACACUAGUAGUUAUAAUAAUAGCAGUAAUACAGGCAAUAAUAACAAUAAUAGAAAAAAUGAAGAGUUAAUUAGUUUCGAUGAUGAUUUAUUUGCUGGUGUUGCUCCACAAUCAAAUAAUACUUCUUCUUCAAAUUCAAAUCCAUUUUUAUCAAAACCAACACAACAACAACAACAACAACCAUUACAACAACAACAACAACAACAAUUACAACUUCAAGCUCCACCACAACCUGCUUUGGACCCAUUGGACCCAUUUAGUGUUACAACAGUUUCACAACCAUCACAACAACAACAAUUCCAACAACAAAAACCACAACAACCUAUUCAAAUGCAGCCAUUACAAGUUAAUCCAUCAACUCACCAAUUUGGUAACCCAACUAAUUACCAUAACCCAUUUGAUCCAGCUUACAACGAAAGAGCCUUACAAAUUAAAGCAGCUUUUCAAUCAAACCAAAAUCAAAAUAACCAAAAUCUUAAUAACUUUAAUAAUAAUAUGAACGACUUUAGUUUUAAUAUUGCUAAUAAUGUUGGUCUAAGUAACAGCAAUGGUAUGCCACCACCAAAAAUGAAUAGCGGGGGUAGUAGCGCCGGUCCAUUGGUUCCAAUUAAUAGACCAAUGAAUGGCAAUAUGGGUAUGGGUGCCAUGAAUGGUGGCAUGGGUGUUAUGAACAAUAACAUGAAUAAUAAUAGCAACAUUGGUAUGAACAUGCACAUGGGUAUGAAUGGUGGAAUGCAAAACAACAAUAAUAUGAAUAAUGGUAUGGGCUUUGGUGGUAUGCACAAUAACAUGGGUAUGAAUAUGAAUAUGAACACCGGUAUGAAUAGCAGUAACAACAAUAAUAGUAAUGGUAAUAAUAUGAAUAAUUUUAAUAAUAGCUUCAGUGGUCUAAAUAUAGCAAUGGGUUUAUCCGGUAAUGGUAGUAAUAGUAAUAAUAAUAACAAUAACAGUGGUUUCAGACCUUCUCAACCAUCACCAAAUAAUAAUACAGGUUUUGCAGUCAAUAGUAAUAAUAAUAUGAACAAUGGAAUGGGUAUGAACAACGGUAUGGGUAUGAACAAUGGCAUGGGUAUGAACGGCGGUAUGGGUAUGAACAACGGCAUGAGUAUGAACAACGGCAUGGGUAUGAAUAUGGGAGUUAAUAAUAAUAUGAUGAUAAGAAAUCAACCAAAUCAAAUGAUGCAACCAAAUCCGAUGAUGCAACAAAAUCAAAUGAUGCAACCAAAUCAACAACAAAACCAACAACCUAAAGUAGUUUACUUUUAAAUAAAAAUCCUUUUUUUUUAAUUUAAAAAUAAAAAUUUUAUAGAUAUUUAAAUAAAAUUU